GCUGCCCUGCGCUCCUCUCCGGGCUCCUCUCCUCUCGGAGCUCCAUCGCUGCCGUGCCUCCGGGAACGGGAAGCCCAGCCGCGGUGAUCGGCGGUGCGGUGAUCCGCCACCCGCCCCCCCCCCCCCCCGCCCCUCUCCCCUCCACUCCACUCCGGAUGACUGGGAUCCAGCUCUCAGCCCGCAUGGAUCCAACUCCUCCGGCCGGACAAUAGAGCAGCCCGCCGCGGGAGCUCUGCGCUCGGUGUUCCCGUCCUGGGUCCCCCCCCCCCCCUCCUCCCCUCCUCCCGCCCCCCCUGCAGCAGUCUCCAGAUGGCCGGACACGAGUGGGAGGACUGGUUCGAGCGGGAGGAAUUUAUCGGGCAGAUCAGCGACAUCCGGGUGCAGAACCUGCAAGUUGAAAGAGAAGUGGUGCAGAAAAGGACCUUCACCCGCUGGAUGAACCUCCAUUUAGAAAAGUGCGACCCCCCCAUUGAAGUCAACGACCUUUUCCAGGACAUCCAAGAUGGGCGGAUUCUCAUGGCCCUGCUGGAGGAGCUCUCCGGCUGCAAACUGCUUCACGGGUUCAAGAAGUCGUCUCAUCGUAUAUUCAGACUCAAUAACAUCGCCAAGGUCCUGUCUUUCCUGGAGGAGAGGAACGUGAAGCUGGUCAGCAUUGAUGCGUCUGACGUGGCUGAUGGGAACUCCUCCAUUAUCUUGGGACUCAUUUGGAACAUCAUCCUCUUCUUCCAGAUUAAGGAACUUACCGGGAACAUCAGGAGCCAGUUCCCCUCCUGCUCCAGCCUGUCGUCCAUCCCCACCAGCUCCGACUCUGACGCGUCCUUCUGCAGCACGCCGUCCGACGAGAGGCAGUCGGCCUCCACGGCCAUACGGGAGCACAGCAAGGCCAUCAAGAAGCUGCUGCAGUGGGUGCAGAAGCGAACGCGCAAGUAUGGCGUUGCGGUGCAGGACUUUGGGAAGAGCUGGACCAGUGGUCUGGCCUUUUUGGCCGUCAUCAAGUCCAUCGACUCCAGCCUGGUUGACAUGAGGAAGGCCCUGCUGAGGACUGCCAGGGAGAAUCUGGAAGACGCUUUCAGGAUAGCCCACUACAGCCUGGGCAUACCACGCCUGCUGGAAGCCGAGGAUGUGACAAUCAAUGCGCCAGAUGAGCAGUCCAUCAUCAUGUAUGUGUCACAGUUCCUGGAGCACUUCCCUGGCGUGGAGGAGCCGGAGGAAGCCUACCAGAUUAUUGAACGGAGCGUCUCCAUGGGCAGACUCAACCUCCGGGAAAGUGAGCCGGACUACUUGAGGAACGGCACGUAUCGGAGCCGAGUGAAGGAGCGCUCCCACAUGUUCCAGAGGGACUGCGGGCCCAAAGCCCCGCCAAAAAUCCUCAUUUCAUCCGUGUCGGAAGACAGGAGCGUCAUGUCGCCGACUUACAAGGUGGCCGCGGCUCGCUCGUGGUCCAGCGACGACAUUCUAGCCGAUUCCUCCCAGGACGCCGGUGCUCCCGUCGACGCGCUCGAGAACGAUAAGAAACCUGCCGGCGAGGUUUCGGCCGACUCCACCUCCGUGUCCCCGCAGCCGUCUUCCGCCCACUCGCCCACCGGCUCCUCAGUGCCUGAAUCUGCCAACACGGAGUCGGUUAUUGGCGACUCCGCUAUCGGUUCGCCGGACUCCUGGGUGGAGAGCGAGCUCGGCGUCACGCCGGAUAAGUUCAGCGAGAGCCGAAGUGACAGCUCGCUGUGCGACAGCGGGACGGCCUGGGAGGUGUACCGGGCCACCCCUGUGGACGUAAUGCCGCUGGAGGAGGGAUUUACCCCGCCUUCAGAGGACAGAGCCCCGGAUGAGCAGUCGCUGGCUGAGUCGUACGUCGACGAAGGGAUUUACUCGCUGGAGAGCACACAAUGCAAAGUCCAAGGGCAUUCUGAGGAAAAAGAAGCGGAAGCGGUGAAUGGAACAGAGAAAAUAUACUACAACCACACUGAGGAUCGGACAAUAGAACAGGCUGCUGAUCCAAGUGAGACUGAAGCUACAGCAACUGUAGUUUCUUUCAGUCAUUCAGAAAAAGACGCAGUUCCCAAAGAACGACAGCCGUCUCUUGGAUCUGCUGAGGACGACCUUCCAAAAACUAACAGUCAUCCGCCCGCUCCCGAUCACUUCGGAGAGCUUGUUGAGCAGAAUAGUUUGGAUGCAAGCAGUUCAGGUGAGCACAGAGACGCUCAGGACUUCAGUGAGGAAGUGCAGAUUCCCGAAGUUCGAGUUAACCAUCAGACUGACAGUCUGCAACAAGUGAAGGAGCCUGAGGAGUUUGAAAACCAUCCUGCAAGUGAGAAAACCGAUUCUCCUCUCCAGGAUGAAACACAAAAUUCAAGAAAUGAGUCGGAAUUAAGUGAAGAAAAUAAAGUGUUUGUUAAAAUAGAAGAGGAAACAAGAGAAGAACUUUCAAACAAUUCCCCAGAAACUCCAGAUGAAACGCAAACGACAAACCAAGACGGAGCCUCGAAAACACACCUGGGCAUCAGUGUCCCUUUGAUUUCAAUUCUAGGUGCAUCACAAGAGCUGGAUGAGGAGGAGACGUGUGAUCCAGAAGAGCGAGGUAACACUGAUGAAGAUGUUUGUGCGCAAAGGAAAUCUGGCCGUGAGGAAACAAGUGCCGAUCAAAAUCCAGACGAUCAGAUUUUCAUCCUCACUGAAAAUGAUCAGAUUCCCGCUGAGCUUCCUUCUAUCACGGUUUCAGAGGAAGUAGAAAAUGAACAUUUAGAUGACACAGAUGGACAUAACAUUCGCCAGUCAUCAAACGCAGAAGCAACGGAAACAAGUGAAGCCGACCAGACACGUGAGGCUCUUCAUGACGGACCGGAGACAGAUCUGAUUGAGACUCAGUUCAUGGACACUGAAGAGGCUUCGACUGAACAACAGGACAAAACGGCUGAAACCCUCAGUGACGGUGGAGCAGCGAACUCGCAGCAGAACGCGUCGGAAUCCGUCAGCCUGAAGCAGGAGGCUGAGAUUUCAUCUGACGAUCCGGAGAGUAAAUCCACAAACAAGGGCUCGUUCUAUUCAGACUUUGAAAGAUGUUCCCCCACGGAGGAUCUCGGCGGCGAUCGUGUCGAACCCAUGGACCUGUUCUACCCUGACAAAGAGGAGCUCAUGUUCACGGAGCCGCCCGACACUGAGAUGCAGAGCUGGCCCUCGGUUUUGAGCGUGUCUGCUCUCCAGCCGGCACCGGCCUCGGAGGUUUCACCAGAUGACCAAGAACCCAGCCUGCUGGACCAGGACUUCAGCGACGGGCCCGAAUCAUUCGUUCAAGAGCAGGAAAAGGUGGUCCCUGAGACGGACAGCGCUCCGGAGUCCCGGGAACCGUGUUUGUUGAAUCCGAUCUGUGCCAGGGAAAACAUGGAGCCUGUGAGAAUCGACGCAAGUUUCAUCAGACAAGACGACAUCCUGAGUGCUCCGGUUCUUCGCCACAGGAAGGGAGCCCGUCCAGCCGAAUCCGCGGACAAUCAGAGAACUCUUUCCAAGAAGACUGACGAUGAGAACUCUGACUUUUGGUUCGGCGGGGAGAACUGGGAGCUCUAUCUCCUCCUGCUGCUCUGGCUUCUGCUCUACUGUUUCUGGCUGCUGCCUCAGAUGGACCUGAAGACACUGCCCAGCCUGCUGCUUAACCUCAACCGCUGACACACACACACACACACACAGAUAAUACACACUCUCACAGGUCGAGAAAGAUCUUUGUCAGGUACAACUCUAUGCCUAAGGAAAACCACACACACACACACACACACACACACACACACACACACACACACACACACACACACAGCUCAACUGCCACUUCUCUCUGCUUUUCAUAACGUGACUGUAGGCGUUUAGUAGGAUGUACAUUUUUAACUUGUAGAGCUUGUUGCGUUUAAAAGUUUUCGCUUGUUCGCUUGCAGUGUCACCGCAAAAAAAAAAAAAAAAAAAAGACUACGUGGAGAAGACAUUUCAAAUGAGGGGAAAAAAAGAGUGAUAACAUUAUUCUGUAGAAAAAGUCGGUAAAAUUUGUGCUUAACAGGAUUAAAUCUGAGUGAACUCCGGCUGUAGGAACACGAUAUAACAGGUAAAAAUUCCGUUGAUAGAAACUUUCUCACAGAUUUUUGAAUAUUUUGACUUUAUAAACGUCUCUUGCAGUUGCACCUUUAUACACUACUGCAGCUGUGCUAGUGAGACGUCCUCUCAGUGCGCCACAGAUGUGAGAAAGACGCUGAACGUGUUGUGGUUUAUUGCAGUGCAGAGCCGACAAAGCUCAUCGAGGAAGACUGCGCGGCCGUACAGCGCUCUCUGGUUUCUAGAUGGAUAUAAAUACUCUGAAUGUAAGGAAGCACGAUGAAUAGCCAUUUAGCCCAGACGACAAGGUUACAAGUGAAGCAUCAGUACGACGACAGAAAGGAGUGGAGCUGAAGUGAGAGUGUGUGUACGUAAACAAAGUGGAAGCAACCCUGUCUCUAAAAAUGUGGGACAUUGUGUAAAAGUAAAUGCACUAAUCAUUUACAUCUUUUGUGUAGUUGAUUUUCAGUUGGAUGCCAGCGACAUGUUUCAUGUGAGCGGAGAUGAACUGUGGAAACAUUUACAUGAACGUGAUAUUCAUGCUUCGUCACCACGGGCUGUUCUCUGAUAGCGAGACGCUAGAAAAACAUGCAACAGAUGAUAAAAUACCCACGUUUUUUUCCAAAGUUGAAUAGUUUUCAGUUUCGGAGAGCUGCGGUCUCCUCCUCCUCAUUUUAACUUCGGAGUGAUUCAGCGUCUCAUGGUUGCUCUGUUCCUGCCCAGUUUAGUGCCAACGAGACACUUUUUCAGCUCACAUUAGUUGUGAGCUGAAACCAUUUUCACCAAACCUGCUUUGAACUCACCGUCCCAACAUCCUGGAAACAGGGUUGCUUAUGACAGAAUGUGAAUUUGAGCUGGUGAACUAUUGCGACGAGGUCGUGUCGGUCUGAACGAAGGGAGGUUUGAAUCUGUUGAACUUUUGAAAGAGAAAAACAAACUGCCAAAGAUAACGUUGGAAGUGCUAAAACGGACGGUUUCUCUAAAGGGCCAGAUCAUCUUUCUAACGCUCUUAUAACUCGACAUCAGUCCAGUUCUGCGUCGUAUACCUGAGGCACAUCACGUCAUUGUAAAGUUUUAUGGCUUGUAGAGAUGUAUGAAUGUUUUUUUUUUUUUUGUUUUUUUUUAA